GAACAACAAAGAGCCGGCAACGUUGGAUAUAAAAGGAUGGACGUUCGGCAACCAACAGUACCAGAGUUAAAAAAGCCAAGUUAAAGAAGAAACUUGCUUUGUGAAUCAUAAAGAAACAUGGUUCUGCUGAAGAUCUCCGCUUUCUUUGUGGUUUGUGCUGUUUUUGUAUGUCAGAUAAACCGUUCCCAUGCAGUUCCCCUCAGAUCUGUGCUGGAGUCAGCUUCAGGCAGGGUGGCGCUCAAUGAUUACGAAGUUCGACGACUACUGAAUGCGCUCGUUAAGGAAUUCAUUCAAAUGAUGGCAGAAGAGCUGGAACAAGAAGUAGCCGAUGCCAAUAGCUUGGAUAGAUCCAUUGUCAAACGGUGCACGGGUCUGAGCACUUGUGUGGUGGGAAAGUUGUCCCAGGAGUUGCACAAAUUACAAACCAUCCAGCGCACUGACGUAGGAGCGACAACUCCUGGCAAGAAAAGGAACAUUCUCACCGAGCUGGAAAACGAACGCUAUUCAAACUACGGAGAGCCACUUGGAAGCAACUAAUCGUUUGUUGUGAUGCAUGAAUCUUAAAUGCUUGAAUGAUAAACAGCCUGAUUAAGUGCUAUGUUUCUUUUCCAUCUCAAUUUUUGACGAAGAAUUCUAGACAUGGACAUAAAUUAGAAUAGUGUAUUAACCGUUAUUAUAGCUUUAAUAUAGUUUUAGCUUUAAAACUGAUUUUCUCAUUAUAGAGUUUUACUGCCUUCUGCGCCAAACAGCGUGUCAUUAAAUGAAUGCUUCUUCGUGCAUAACGUGGGUCUUUUUUCAAUAAACUUAUUUUUCUACCUGGAACAUUUUUUCCUAUUAUGUGCUAGACUCAAGGAUUCAAGAUGCAAUGACUUUUAAUAAUUAGUGCAGAAGUUUCACUCUUUCACAUUACCAUUUUUGAAAUGAGAAACUUUAUAAAUAUCCAAAAGCUACUUCUGUUUUUGGUGAAUUAGACAUUUUUAAAAGUCAAAGGCCAGUUUCCUUCCGUCAUGUAUAAUGUUUAAUUGCAAUUGGAUAUUUAUAAGUAACGAUAUUCAGUGAAAAUUAAAAAAAGUCAAUUGAUCCAACACUCAUUGCAACGUUUAGAUGAUGUACUGAUUGCUCUAAUAAAGGCAAACUUCAAAGUA